AAAGCCGCCUCCUCCUCCUCCUCCCCGCAGGAGCAGCACCAACAUCAUCAUGGGUUCCAACCCAAUCCCUGACGAAGAAGAUAUCAACGGUGCUAGUCGAAGCUAUGCCAUUAGCGGCAAGAUUAUGCUCAGUGCCAUAGUGGUUUUGUUUUUUGUUGUGAUUCUCAUGUUUUCUCUCCACCUCUACGCCCGCUGGUUCCUCCUCCGUGCUCGCAGCCGUCAAUCCCGUCGCCGCCCUCGCAGUGCGUCCGUACAUCGGCAAUCCGUCUCCCUUCAUAUAGACACGGGUAAUAACCUCGCCACCACUGCCACGCGCGGCCUCGACGUUCGUAUCCUGAAGUCCCUCCCGGUUUUUACCUACUCCUCCAAAACCCAUCCACAUUCUACUCCGGACUGCGCCGUUUGCUUGUCGGAGUUCGAAGAAAACGAAUCGGGUCGGAUUCUGCCCAAGUGUAAUCACAGUUUCCACAUAGAGUGUAUAGACAUGUGGUUCCACUCUCACUCCACUUGCCCUCUCUGCCGGACUCCCGUUGAGGAAUACGGUCCGGCGCCGGCGAACCCCGGCGACGCUGUUUUGACCGUACCAGAACCGGUAUCGGAUCCGGUAUCCGGUCCAGCAAUGUGCGCCACGUGUCAGCAUGAGAAUGAACAGGCAGGUCCGUCGUCGCGCAGGUCAAGGAGUAAGCUUUCGGUAGAGGUUCCAAGAAGAAGCUGCGAGGGAUUUGAGGGCGAGUCGAGUGCGUGUGACUCGGCGACGAGUCAGUCCUUCAGGUCGCCCAUGAGUCGGAUGUUGUCGUUCACGAGAAUCCUGAGCAGAGUUUCGCCAAGAACGGUGGCGGUGGCCGAGUCCGAUAUAGAGCGCGGCGGCGAGGCUCAGGGUUGAGGUUUUGACUCAGCGAGACAGAAUACCCACGUAGCAGUUAUCGGAUUAUGCAUCGGAGUUUGGAGCAGUAACAGGACAUUCAUUCGAUGCGGCUGCUUCACGACUCACGAGAUUACCGGGAGACCAUUGAAUGUACUCGUGGCAGUCUGGAGCCAUUGGUAGGCGGGCAUGUUUGACCCGUUGCAUAGACCUUUUUUUUUUUAAUUUAGCACUCUGUUUUGCAUUUUCACUUUAGUGGAAUUGCAAAAAUUUAGUGAAAUUUUUUAUUUUUUAAGAGGAAGAACGUUUGAGUUUUUACUGAAAUAUUUGGAUGGUGUGUUGUAAAAUUGGAGGAACUUUACAAAAAUUUACAAUAUAAUUUUUUAAUUAAU